AUUUUUUGUCUAUACUUUCCAACCAUGGCGGACUCGAUGUGUGAUGGCGAUUAUUUAAAAGAAAAUACACAAAAAUUUAACAAUGAAAGACGAAGUAGUAAACAAUGGGUUAAACUAAACGUUGGCGGAACUUACUUCUUAACUACAAAGACAACAUUGUCAAGAGACCCAAAUUCGUUUCUUUAUCGAUUGGUGCAAGAGGACAGUGACUUAAUUUCAGACAGGGAUGAAACCGGAGCAUAUUUAAUAGAUAGAGAUCCAACGUAUUUUUCACCAGUUUUAAAUUAUCUUCGACACGGCAAACUCGUUAUCAAUAACGACAUUGCUGAGGAGGGAGUUUUGGAAGAAGCUGAAUUUUAUAACAUUACUGAACUCAUCAGAUUAGUUAAGGAAAGAAUAUGUUUGCGGGAACGACGGCCACUGAAAGACUCUAAAAAGCAUGUCUACAGAGUAUUACAAUUCCACGAAGAAGAGUUGACACAAAUGAUGUCGACUUUGUCAGACGGAUGGAAGUUCGAGCAGUUGAUAAAUAUUGGCUCGCAGUACAAUUAUGGCAAUGAUGAGCAUUCUGAAUUUCUCUGUGUUGUAAGUAGAGAAUGUGGAAAUUCUUUGAACAGCAAUGAUAUUGAGCCAACAGAUAGGGCUAAGGUGCUCCAACACAAAGGCUCAAGGAUGUGAACCUUACAUGAAUUCAUAUUUGAGACUUAGUUCUGUGUGUGAGUUGUGUACAUAGUGUGAACUUUAUGUUAAUUUCAACUCAUAUUUGAAAUUGUACUUUUAAAAUUCUUUUUUUUUUCACUUUAAAAUAAUGUUCAGAUUAGUUAAAAACUGUAUUGUAUAUUGUCUUUAACUAAAAUUAUGUAUUUGGAGAAAAUACUCAGUUAAGUUAAUACUGGUAAUAUUUUUAAAUUCAUUAAAUUAAAUUGUUAUAAACUUACUGUUGUAAAUAGAUAUCUUCUCCUCGAAGGUGUUAUGUUAUUGUGCUCAUUUUC